AGAAUAUAUGAUGGAGGAGAUGAUGGACAAUAAGAGUAUGUUGAUGGAGGAACCUAUUCGCCAGUGUCCUGUCCCCACACCUCGCACCUCUAUCCCCUCUCCCUCCGCCUCCCCCUCCCUCAGGCACAAAAAUGAUGCUGUGACAGGGGAGCUCUCCAAGCUGCUGAAUGAGAUGAAGAUGUGUCGGGACAGAGACUACUCCUUUGAGGAGCUCUGCCAGACCAUCUCAUCCCACUCUCAUUCCAUGGAGAGCUUUGGCAGCGGUCACCUAUCAGACGAGGAGCGACGCAGUAACGGCACCCUGAGCAGAGUCAGAAAGGUGAGCACCAUUUUGGAUCAGGGAGAAAGGAUGGGACCAGGGGGAAUCAAGGGGGAUGUGAAGGGUGAGGACCAUUUUGGAUCAGGGAGGAAGGAUGGGACCCAGGAGUAA